AUUUCCUGUGGGAGGAGGAAGGGUGAGGCUGUGCUGCAAACCCAUCUCGCAGUUCACCGACCACACACACAUUUUACACUCACACCCGGACUGGGGACACGCCGAGAAGGGCGAGCUGGACUCUCUGCCCUAGUUCAGCCAUUUAUUACCAGCAUUAUCCACUAUUUGACUCUUUUAUGCAAGAGAAUCGAGCGUUUUUGUACUUUUCAACCAGCUGUUGAUUCAAAGUGGACCACGGAAACAAAGCAGACACGGCAACCGGACUGCUGGACCAAACGCGACUUUCCCUGGCAAAUGUGGUUUUAUUUGUGAUUUUCUUGGAUGAAUCACGCGUGUUAAGAUGGACGUAAGGCUGCUCCUGAUUUCAGUUCUGCUUGGACUCAGCAGGGCACAACAAGAUGGUAAUGAAUGCACCAAGGCUUCGGCCCAGUCCUGUGGCGAAUGCAUUCAGGCCGGAGAAAAGUGUGGCUGGUGUACAGAUGAGGGCUUUCUGAAACAGGGAGAGCAGAAAUCCACACGCUGUGAUGAAAUCGAGGCUCUGGAGAAAAAGGGCUGUUCCAAGGCCAGCAUUGAAAAUCCUCGUGGAAAGAUAACCAUCGUCAAGAACCAGCCUGUGACAAACCGCACAAAAAAUGGAGCAAAACUGAAGCCAGAUCAGAUCACCCAGAUUCAGCCUCAGCAGCUCAGCCUGAACCUCAGAUCGGGCGAAGCGCAGAAGUUUACUCUGAAAUUCAAGAGGGCUGAGGAUUACCCCAUAGACCUCUACUACCUGAUGGACCUCAGCUACUCUAUGAAAGAUGAUUUGGAAAACGUCAAAAACCUGGGAACCGACCUGAUGAAAGAAAUGCAAAAGAUCACCUCUGACUUCAGGAUUGGCUUCGGUUCUUUUGUGGAGAAAACUGUGAUGCCAUACAUCAGCACGACUCCGGCCAAACUGCUGAACCCCUGCACGUCAGACCAGAACUGCACCAGUCCGUUCAGCUAUAAGAAUGUGCUGAGUUUGACCGAUGACGGCUCUCAGUUUAAUAGCUUGGUGAGCAGGCAGCAGAUCUCAGGAAACCUGGACUCACCCGAGGGAGGCUUCGAUGCCAUCAUGCAAGUGGCUGUCUGUGGGAUUACUUAA